GUUUUCCAGCUUCCCCUCCAUAUUCCUGUCAAACAUUCCCGUUACUAUUUAACAAAACCCUUCGUUGUCUUAGCCUCAGAAUUCGACCGUUGGACUCUUAAACUUAGAGAGACCAAAAACUUGAGAAUGCUUUCUCAAAUGUCUCGUCUAAGCCCUCAAACCCCACUCAGUGCUGCUCGUUCUAACAAUGAACAGUCUCAAACCCAGAAAAAUGACACCAUCUCUGACUACGAGCAGACCAGAGAAGAAAGAAUCAAACAAAACCUUCAGAAGAUGCAAAAGCUUGGGAUAUUUGACCUCUCUUACAAAGUCAACUCCAGCAUUCAUCAAACUCGUUCCCCUAAAACCCAAACCCGUGUCAAAAGCUCUCCUUCGACCCCCCCUCUGCAGCCUUCUGGACCCGCUAGGCGCUCUUCCAGGUUGAAGGGUUCUACGCCAGUGAAUUACUCGGAGGUGGACUCAGCCAAGAAGGACAAGGCAUUGGGAGAUGUAUAUAUCUCGACAGAGAAGGGUUCUAGGCCAGAGAUAUACACGGAGGAGCAUGAAAAGCUUUUGGGUCACACAGAGAAGAGCUGGACACUUUUUGUGGAUGGUGUUGGGAAGGAUGGAAAGAGAAUCUAUGAUCCAGUUAAUGGAAAAACUUGCCAUCAAUGCAGGCAGAAAACUCUCGGUCACCGUACUCACUGCAGCGAAUGCAACAAGUUGCAAGGACAGUUUUGUGGAGAUUGUUUGUACAUGAGAUACGGGGAGCAUGUACUUGAAGCUAUAGGGAAUCCAAAUUGGAUUUGCCCAGUUUGUCGUGGGAUUUGUAACUGCAGUUUUUGCCGGCAAGCAAAGGGUUGGGCUCCAACAGGCACUCUCUACAGGAAGAUAUCACAAUUGGGCUACAAAUCGGUUGCGCACUACCUCAUUCAAACUUGUCGCUUAGAGGCAAACCUAGGAAACAAUGAAGAAGCUAGAAAUGAAGAACCCGUGAAAAGGUCACUACCCUUCUCAGACAUGAAUGCAGUCCCUAAUGAAGUUAACAAUGAUCAACUAGAGUCAUCCGAACAAUUCAGUAAUAAAAGUAAUGAAGAGUUUUCUGUGAAACGAUCAUUGCCCUUCUCGAAUUUGGAUCUGGCCUCUGAGAAUAUUGGAUCUCUGGAGGUUGUGGACCACAUUGGAUGUUCAAACCAUCAAUAUCCAAUUAAAAAAGAGGUCAACUUCAGAAGUGAAAAGGAAAAAGAAUGCAGCAAUAGUGACACUGCUUUGAAAAGUAGCUCAAAACUACAUAAGGAGCCUGCUCUGGCUACUUUAUCACGUGUUGAGAAUAUUGCUGGGAAUUUAAGGCAAAAGUGUGAGAAAAGUGAUGACCAUGAUGAGGACUUGCCAGAGGCAGAGGAGAAAUUUAUGGAUGGAAAGCAGACUGUAGAAAAAAUAUCAUUGGCAAAGGAAGUUGAUCAAGAAAAUGAUGCUGAAUUUACCUGCAGUGAACAUGAAGGUGUCGAAAAAACACUGUUGGUGGGGACUCCAUUGGUAAAGGAGAUUUCUCCUGCCACUACAAUUAACUCAGACAGUGUUGCUGGAAGAUUAAAGCGGAGGCAGGAGAAAAUCUGUGACCGUGAUAAUGAGAAGAAAGCAAAUGUCAUGCAGACUGUAGAAUGCAUUUCACUACCAUCUAAUAUCAAACAACAUGGUGAUGGCAAUGCUUCAUUGGACACAGGUAGAAAACUUAAGCCGAAGUGUGCUCUAGCUGUUGAACCAAGCCCAGACAGUAUAGCUGGAAGGCUGAGGCAGCGACGUCGGAUGAAUAAUGGCCAUGAUGAUGAUAAGAUAGGACUGGUGGAGAAAAAAAUGGCUGAGGCAGCAAAUCAGAAUCAACUUCUUCCAAACCAAUCUUAGAAAGUAGGGGGGAACGAUUGAGGCCUAGGCGCGAGGCCUAGGCGCAUAUCAAUGUGAAUUUGGUGGAGCAAUUUUUGGCUAGUGUGACAGAUUCUCGUAAUGUUUGAAAGAAACCCCAUUUUGUAAUUUUGAGAGUGGUUUCUAAAUGCUGAAUUCUGUCUCAUGUCCUCUUAUGCUGGGUAGACUGGUUAAUGACACUGAAACUUUUAUUGAUAUUGCCUUUAUAUGCUGGGUAGACUGGUUUUACUUUAA